AUGGUGGCUCCCGUAGCAAAAGGCGUCAUCAUCGCCGCGUCCGUGAUCGUCGCCGCCGGCAUCGCCAUUUACGAGAACCCACAGGUCCGCCAAUGGGUUGACCAGCGACGCCGCAAGAUCGCUCACGCCCUGCAUCACAUCGGCGAGAACAACAACCGGCGUCCUCGCUCCGCAUCCAGCCAGCAAGGUGGCGACCCGGAGGAGCUGCGUAGGCGGAAGGCCCGCAACGAACUCGUGAAGAAGGCGAGAGAGGAGGGCGUCGCGGUCGACCUCGAUGAGCUUUCAAGAGCUGGCUCCGAUGAGCCGAGCGAAAAGAAGACACACCAAAGGGGCUUGAGCUUCGAUGACUUUGUUCACAAUGACGGCACGCUUCGGCAGACGGACUCCACUGUUACGGAGAAGGCUACUACGACGGCAACCGACAGCGGUGCUUUUCAAGGCAUGAAACAACGUGGCACCGGUGCUCGCGGUUUCUUUGAAGGCUCGACCUACGCAAACCCCUUCGGCGAUGAGGCUCAGGUUCUGUUCGACCGCGACCUCGUUGGCACAGAGGACGCUAGCGUGGACGGCAGCCAUGUCGACGACGAUGCCGAAGAAGCCUCCGUUCCCAGCACUUUUGACACCACCGACCCGUCUCGGAAGAGCUCCGUCACCCUAGAAGGCUCCGCCUCGCCCCUGGAACAGUCUCACCUCAUCGACCUCACCGAGCCUUUCGCGCCUCCCUUCCAGCAGGCAGCGGCCCCGGCCGGAGCUGCCUCCGAGCAUGCGACCGAGCCAGAAUCUACCGCCUCUUUCCACUCCUUUGCCUCGGAUGCUUCUGAACCCGCCGCCGCCGCUCCUAUGACCUCUUCCGCUCAGCCCUCCGACUUCAUCUCCGACGCUGACUCGGACUCGGACUCGGACUCCCUCGUCCAAAGCACAGGCACCUUGACUCCGACCGACGAUGGUUUCUCGAAUGUAGGCUCUGUUGUCGGCAGUGGUGCGGAGGACUAUGCUGCCCACGAGGAUGCCCGCUCUGAGGCUGCUUUCAGCGAGACGGGCUACUCUGAGAUUUCGGCUGGUGUGCACACGCCUAGCAGCUGGAGUGACAUUGGGAGCGACGCUGGCAGCGACUACGGUAGCAGCAAUGGCAACGGUCAUCACUAA